CCGCCUUCCCGGGUUUCUCGACUCCGGGCACUCAGUGGUUCAUUUCCGCUGGUCUCUCAUAGGAACUCCCAUCCAACGUUCGUUAUCCUUCGUGUAGUUUUCCUACGAUGACGACGCUCAGUCACAGUUGAGACACCAUCCGAACCGGUCGCAAAACUCGAAAUCAUCCUCGGACUUUUAAGAGCGUGAAACGGUGAAAACUGCCUUCCCCCUACAUCCGUCGUCAUCGUCGUCAUCUUGAUUGAUAUCCGUCGUCGCGCCGUACCAGCACUGUGCUGUGGGCUGGGAAUGCGCGUGGUGUGCAACAAUGAGAAGUGGAAAAUGAUGUCGAUGGGCGACCGUUGUUGUAGUCCUCGUCGGGAAGUGAAACGUAUACUACCUGGAUAGUAAGUCGGCUGGCUGGUGGACAUCCGGUUGUGACGCGGUUCUUUAUAGUUGGAUGUACGAGCUGGUGACAGUUACAAUUGAGGAUUAAAAUCGUUAUCAGUGCAGAAAGUUUGGCGAAACAUAUUGAAAGUUCGAAGUGUUGUUUUGGAAGGUGGCACAUGGCGCGGAAAUUUUGGUGAAUUCCAUUAUGUAAUGCCGUUAUCCUGCUUGGCCUCUGAUCAAGGAAGGGGUGUGUAACAUUGGACGGCGUGUCUGUGUGCGGUGGCGAUUGUGACGAGGAGGUGCGGUGUGAUGGCAACCGAUGAACUCGGUACGUGACUUCGCAGUAACUGGAACGACACGCAAACCCGCCUGGAGUACAACAGAUGUGAGUGAACCGAGUCGUACCUAGCUGGAGUACGACGGACGAGCUGGCUUCAGUUCGGCUGAGUGUUGUUACGACCGUCGCUGACGACGCUAGUAGAAAAAGGAAGUAGCCUUCCCGAAGUGUGACAUAGGAAAAAUCGUAGAUAGGAAAAUAGUGUCUGUGUGUGCCUGGAAUUUGAGAUGACGGAUUAAAAAUAGCUCAAGUCCAGCGUUGCAAGGCGUUUCACGUUGUGGAUACGGUUCGCGAAUAAUGAGAAGGAGCAACGUAAUAGAAGUUUGCUGAUUGGAUUUCGAAUUAAAAGUGCCCAAAGUGCUGCGGUGGUGAUGACGACAGGGAAUGCCUUUAUAUGAAAUACGGAAUAACGCUGCGUGACUGCGACUUAGAAGAGGGUGGGAAGUGUUUUGUAACAUUAUCCUUUUGGAGCGUGGGAGGCAAAACAUCGGGUGUGAAGAACAAUUGCAAUCGAUAAAGCCAACUGACGGCAAACUUUGCGUGGUCGCGGCGUCGGUCUACGAGUGAGAUUGUGUGUAUGUGCGUCUGUGUUUAUCGGGACGAAUCGAGUGUAUUAUGAUGGUAGAACAAUUGCCAACCACAGCACAAGAAAAGGUGUCAAUAACCCAUCGAUUCUGGAUUGAAUAUCAUGCUCACAGAGCAUCACCAGCUGGAACAGCCGAAACACGAAGGAGGUGCCGCAUCUACAGUAACGCUACGGAAGGUUUUAGUCAAGCACAGUCGGAAACUCACGAGGAAUCGGUUCUGUUCAUCGCAAGAUAAUUUGGGCGCUUCGGAAUACCGCAAGGAUCGGCGGGUACAUGGACUGCAGCUACCGUUGCAUCCUCUGCAGCUAGUCGGUUGGUUUGCGUUGAUUCUGUUCGGUUACUCGACCUUUGGCUUGCUCAUACCGGCCUUGAAUCCUUCGGUGCAAGCGCCACUGUACUAUCUGCUCACCGCGCUCUAUCUGCUCCAUCUGGUUUCUCAUCUGGCAGCACUGUUGCUCGAUCCAGCCGACAUAGAGCUUCGUCGCAAGAGCACUCGGACCGUUGUGCCCGAGUUCGACCGCAGUAAGCACUCGCACGUGAUUGAGAACGGACGUUGCCAUCUGUGCAACAUCAAAACCACUAGUCAUCGGACCAAACACUGUAGUGUCUGUAACAAGUGCGUCGGAACGUUUGAUCACCAUUGCAAAUGGUUGAAUCACUGUGUCGGCGGUCGAAACUAUGCGGCAUUCCUUAUGUGCGUGGUGAGUGCUGUCAUCGCAGCGUUGGUCAUCCUGGCCGCAGCUGUUGUGGAAAUUGUCCUUUACCAUGUGCAACCCGAGUGGCUUAACUUGGCCUGGUUUGGCUUCGCGAACGACACCGUUACUACCGGUCCUACCAUUGUUAACUCUGCUACAGAUCAAACGGAUACCGAUCUUGGAAACGAUACUCUUGCUAACACUCCACUACCGACAUUGUUGGAUAACAUCACUAGUUCUGCACAGGAUUUGCUACUAAACCAGACAUUCUUCAACGACUCGACCGUAGAUAAUGUCACCGAGUCAGUGGAACCGACAACCGAUAAACCUCUCGAAGCAACCGGGAUCAGCGUCAACAACACCAUAUUCCUGGUGUGCAUCGGAUUCCUGGGAAUCUUGGCUGCGAUAGCAGCAGGCCUUCUCAUCCACCUAUGCUUUUUUCACGUCUACAUCUCAUUCCUCGGUCUCACCACCUACGAGUACAUACGCAACAAUCGUCAAAAUGUGAUGACCAAUCUGCCAACAAUUGCUCAGAACGCACGGCACCUCGCAAACGGUCCUUCAACAACCACCUCUACCAUAGGCACGACCUCCAAGCUGAGCACUCUGACCAACUGUACCAAAGCUAAUCACCUCCCCGAGGUCUACGUCUGUUCUUCGAUCAAUCCCUCGGUUCUACCCGUGUCGGGCACGCUGAAUGACUUGAACCGUCAACGACCUCGUACCUUGCAUUGCUGUGAUAACUCAAAAGAAUGUACCAACAACAUCACCUCGGCAGGCCUGCGGAACCUAGAUGCGGUCUCGCUAUCAACGGCUGCUACCAGUGCAUCAACCGCAACCCACCAGAAGGCAGCGUUCUACAUGUGUUCAAUGCUGGAAGAACGAAAUAUUGCCGCUGUCAAAGGUCAUCCCCGCGAAAAAUGUGAAUCUCGUACAUUUCACUGCUGUUCACAGUUUCGUCAAACAGUCAACGGAGAUGACUUUGAGACAACCACUACAGCGGAAUCGUACGUUCACUACAGUGAACAGUGCACAUUUUGUAGUUUUAAGGUCAAGCUUUCUUCGGGAAGCACUUUGGAUAAAAGCGAACAGCUAACGGCUGCUCUGCAGGAGAAACGUUGUUGCGUCAAAACUCUCACCAAGCACCACCGCUGGAAAAGGAAAUGGAACUGUUGUUCGAACGUCCCGGAUAGUCCGGACGUCCCGGGAGACCCGUUGCGAUCGAUUUCCGCUGUAGUCCAGCAGCAUGGAUCCGCGCCGUCCUUCCCGGAGAUAACCAACGUAGUAGAACAUAAUCAUUUUCAGCGACAACAGCAACUGAAUCCCUAUGAACUGACAAAUAAUGAAAAUCGUGCCAAUAACAAUAGGAAUAAUAACUGUGUUAGCAACAAUAACUGUAGCACUAGUACCGGUAGCAGUAACAGUAGCGGAAACGGACUCUAUGACAACGCGUCUGUAGGCGAGCACAACGCGAUCAACAACAACUACACCAGCAUGAGUUCGACGAGCAACGGCAACAACAAUCGCAUUGUGAACGACGCCAACGGAAACGACAUAACCCUAGUACCCACCAGCGUUUCUCCGGUACCGAAGCGUCCACGGGCCAGGCUUGUCCGGCCUUGGCCAGUUGUUCGUCUAAGGCACAUGAUCAGAAUGAUUGAUCGCUACCGUCGACCUCGAUGCCGGCCUGGCAUCAAUCCAGCAUCAACCACCUCCACCGGCGUCAAACAGAACCAGGUUCGGCCGCUCUCGUCAACCGAAUGUACCGCUGUGGUAGCCGCAGGAAUAUCCGCCUGCGGACCAGGAUCGCCAUCCGUCCAACAUCACCAAAACCCGUCAGAUCUGCCGACGUCCACCAUCCGAACCGAGGCACCUCCGACGAUGCCCGCUCUACCACCACCGGCACGACGCAAGCUCAAGAAUACCACCGACGACCUGCAAGAGCUGGCCGAUACGCUCAUCUUUGUUCAGCAACAACAACUUCAACAACAGCACCAGCAACAACAGCAGCAACAACCGACAACGAUUCGCAUACCGGUCCAUCCGCCAACGUCGGCCUCCUACCGGCGCAACCGACGCAAGAUCCUGAUACGUAAUCGCAGCCCUACGCUGUCGCCAAUCCACGAAUCCGGCCUGUCGAAUCCGACCUCGCCGCAGCCCUGCCGGCACUCGUGCUCCGCCAGCAUAUCGUCCCUGACGUCCCCGAUGGCCAGCAUGUGCGCCGGCGGAAGCGGCACCGCUGCCGGUGCUUCAUCAUCCUCUGUAGAUAGAUCAACCUAGAACGUUCAGCAAAACCCAAAAAUAAGAA